GACGCGCUGCCUUUACCAGCAAGCCAGCCCUUCUAGAGCGAUGCUUCUCCCAAGGCUGGGGCGCCAGGGCCAGUGCGGGCACAGCUGCUUCGGGGGAGUGGCAGAAGCCACCCGCAGGCCUCUCUUUCCUCAUUUGCUUUGGAGCAUCCCCCUGUCGCAGUACCUUCCUAGCCUGUAACUGGCAGGCAGGCCCUUUUGAUUUAUCCCCGGCUAGUCCCACCCAUUUCUCUCCUGUCUUCCUUCUAUCACCGCCCCCACUCCUAGCCUUUGCCUUCUUGCCACUGCUGGGGCCAGCCACCCAACACCUGUGCUGGAGGACAGGCUCCCUUGAGCCUAUUGGAGCAACAGGCAGGGCACAGCCCAGGCACAGCCACGGAGAGAGUUGCUCCUGGCAUCACUGUUCCUGUUGACCUGCCCCACCCCAGGGCUCAAGAUCUGGAAGCCCCUCUUCCCAGCAUCCCUGUACUCAGCCGGAUCUCUGCACAGGACAGUGGAGGUUUGUCCAGGGACAGGGGAACCCAAAGAGCCAGGAAGCAGUCCCAGCUCACUGUGGAGCAAGCCAACAAUGAAGGAGCUGCGCAGAGUCUAGCAAGGCCCAGGACACUGAGACACCUGUCAAAGCCCUAUCAGCCCAGUCUUCCUCUCCUGCCUUUAGUCACUGCUCAAACUCUUCUCCAGGGCCACUAAGAGUGGCAGAAGCCUUGAACCUGAGCUCCCCUGGGGGCCGCCUGGCUCUCUGGGAGUCACCGCAAGAGGACCAGUCACAGGCAUCUGGGGUUUGCAUGAUCUUUCUACACAGGCCAAGAAGGAGGGAGGUACCUGGGUAGUGGUGGCAGGUGUUCUCUAGUCCUCUGGGGAUCCUGACUUGGGUGACCCCGGCUCUCUAGACAGUCCACCCAGCAGCAGCAACUGCAGCAACUACCACCACGGCAGACCCAAGUAAAAGCAAUGUCCCCACCCCCUCCUUCACCAAAGCCAGCUCUCAGAUGGAGAGGAAGUCGAUCUUCCAGCUAAUCAAUGUUCUAGACUCCCCUCCGAGGCCCAGGAAUGUCUCCUUCUCUCUUCCACCUCGGCAAGGAUCUGAAUCCGUAAGGUCCUCAGAGAGCCACCUGAGAAUAUCCAGUACCUCUGGGAUCGACAGGAUUCAUGAGAGCCAUGACGAAGUGGCUGCCCAUCGCCUAACCCUGCAAGAAUCCAUCAUUCAAGGGACCAAUUCUCGCUGCACAUUCCCGUUUAGCAUUCUCUUCUCCACAUUCCUCUACUGUGGCGAGGCGGGAUCUGCUCUUUACAUGGCUAACUUCUAUCAAAAGAGCAAUGACACCUACUGGAUGACAUACACCAUUGUCUUCUUCCUGAUUGCCUCUGUCAUGGACCAGUUGACCCUCAUUUUCGUCCACAGGGAUCUGGCCAAAGAUAAGCCUCUCUUGUUGUUUAUGCAUCUUAUCCUUAUGGGACCAGUUGUCAGAUGUCUGGAGGCUAUGGUUAAGUAUUUUGAAGUGCGGCAGAAGGCCGAUGAGGAGGAACCCUAUGUCAGCCUUACUCGAAAAAAGAUGUUUCUAAAUGGCCAGGAAGUAAUGCUUGAAUGGGAGGUGGGCCACUCCAUCCGAGUCCUGACGAUGCACCGGAACGCCUACAAACGCAUGUCCCAGAUCCAGGCUUUCCUGGGCUCAGUGCCCCAGCUCACCUACCAGCUCUAUGUUACCUUGAUAUCCACUGAGAUGCCCACAGGGAGAGUGAUACUGAUAACCUUUGCCCUGGUCUCGGUCACCUAUGGGGCCACCCUCUGCAACAUGCUGGCCAUCCAGAUCAAGUAUGAUGACUACAAGGUCCCCAUACACAUCACGGAGAUCCUCUGUGUCACCAUCUGGCGAAGCUUGGAGAUCACCUCCCGCCUGAUCAUUCUGGUCCUGUUCGUGGCCACCUUGCAAAUUAAGGCGUUGCCCUUCUUUCUGCUUAAUUUCCUAAUCAUCCUCUUCGAGCCCUGGGUCAGAUUCUGGAAGAGCGGCGCUCAGAUGCCCAGCAACAUUGAGAAGAACUUCAGCCGAGUGGGCACCUUGGUGGUGCUCAUCUCUGUCACCGUCCUCUACUCGGCCAUCAACUUCUCCUGCUGGCCAGCCAUACAGCUGAGGUUAGCUGAGCGGGACCUAGUGGAAAAGACUCAGAACUGGAGCCACAUGGCCGUGCACUACACCGUGAGGCUGCUGGAGAACAUCAUCAUGGUGCUGGUGUUCCGCUUCCUGGGGACCAGGAUCUUGAUCAAUUACUGCCACACCUUCAUUGCCGUGCAGCUCAUCGUGGCCUACCUGGUCUCCAUUGCUUUCAUGCUGCUUUUCUAUCAGUACCUGCACCCCCUGCGCUCACUCUUCCCCUCCAACGUAAUCGAUUAUCUGCACUGUGUCUGCUGUCCCUGGUCCUCUCGGCUCAGGUCAGAGAAUCUAGCAUCAACCUUUGGGACACGGUUAAGGAACAGCAUCGUCUGAUGCUUCCCCCACUGGGUCUUUGGGGGUGUGUGGUAGGGAGGGGGCGUUGCUGAGGGUAUGAGGGUGAUGGCUGAGCACCUCGAAGAGCAGCCACCUGACUUUGAGCUGGCUGGCCAGGAGGAGACCACUGGGGGUCCAGACCAUGGAAGAAGGGUCAUACCCAGCUCUCAUCUCCCACCCAUGGACCCACACAAAUGCCCCCUCGAGAGUAUACAUACUCAUACCCACACCCACACACAUGCCACUGGGAGCCGGCUGGCAACUCCCAGCACAGAUGGUAUGACUCUACUUCCAGGGCUGAGCUGCUAGACUCUAUCUUGGCAAGCAGUGAGGGUCCAGCAUUAGCAAAAACCUAUAAAGAACCACCUGAACUAGAGCUCACAUGCUUCAGGAGAAGGGGCCCAGGACCCUCACAUUGUUUGCCAAGCAGUCCAGGAGAGUCGAGUCACCCUCUACCCAGUUUGACCUGUAAGCUUUCUUCCCAACAUACCCUUCACAGGGCUUUCCGGCAUGGACUCCCAGGGGCACAGGGAAGGACAGAAUGCUUUUCUUAGGUGUCUUCAUCCCCUUCACUCCACAGUUUGGGCACUUCAUCAUCAUAAUCCCUUUAAGCCACUUCUCUCUCUCUCUCUCUCUCUCUCUCUCUCUCUCU